AGCCGUGAGAACGCCACAAAGAAGUGUAGAGUCGUGACAGACACCCGGAUGGAUUCAUCGCGAAGCCCAUUUUCGGACUAAGUCUGAAGGAACCGGCGUUUUCUUCCCAUUUCAAUGCGUUGUUCGUGAUAGAUAUGGCGGAAAUGUUUUCAACUUUGUACGGGCAAAAUGAAGCUCAGGGACCGCCCGGCUCCUCACUGGGUUUCGGACCGGGGAAGCCUCCGCCACCUCUGCCUCAGAAUCAAGUGUCCUUGGCGGGGCAGAUGCCACCGCAGCUCGGGGAUGAAGGCCCUCCCCUGCGGAAGCCUGGAGCCAUGAAUGAACCGUUCUAUUUACUGCGGGAACUACCAGUGGGAACAGAGUUAACGGGCAACACCAACCUCAUCACGCACUACAACCUGGAGCAUGCUUACAACAAAUUCUGUGGGAAGAAGGUGAAGGAGAAGCUCAGCAACUUUCUACCAGAGUUACCAGGUAUGAUCGACUGUCCGGGCACUCAGGACGGCAGCUCAUUGCGCUCUCUGAUUGAUAAACCUCCAGUGUGUGGGAACUCUUUCAGCCCACUGACCGGCGCUCUACUCACAGGCUUCAGACUACAUACAGGACCGCUCCCAGAACAGUACAGAUUAAUGCACAUACAGCCUCCAAAGAAGAAAAGCAAACACAAGCACAAACAUCAUCGAACACAGGACCCCCUACCACAAGAAACUCCAUCAGACACUGAUCCCAAGAAGAAGAAGAAAAAAAGGGACGACGAUCCAGACCGCAAGAAAAAGAAGAAAGACAAGAAAAAGAAGAAGAAUCGCCACAGUCCCGACCACCCCGGCCUCGCUGGAUCACAACCCAACAGCAACAGCCUCAGAUAGAGGGCAUCGCACUGUGUGCAUGCCUGUGUUUGAAUGUGUGGGUGUACAUUUUGUAAGGGCGCGCGUGUGUGUGUGUGUGUUUUACACAUAAUUGUAUUAUUGAGAGCAUGUUUAAAGAGAGAGGGAAUGAGUCAAAGUAUGUGAGUUUGAGUGUGAGAGGAGCUGCAACACAGUGGACAUUUGUGACGACAGGAAGACAUGUUACAGAACAGUGUAAAUGGCAGAAAGACACAGAUGAGGCGAGUGGUUUUAGAGACUGAGCAAGCGCUGUGUGUAUGUCGCCUUUUGAUUUUGUUGUAUAAUCUUUUGACUGUAAUGCCAAUAUCAAAUAAACAUUGGUGUCUCCUUUUAAGACAUCUUUUUUUGGA